ACAAUGCUUAGUCACGCUGAGUUACAGCUUUCCCCUCCUUUCUGUGUGGCUCGGGGCUCGGCAGACCGCGAUGGAGGAAUUGUUCUAGACUACGCUGUCAGCUGAACCAACUGCUUCUUAGUAAGUAAACAAACAAAUAGGUGGGCAUCCUCAAGGAAGGCUUCUCCAGAGAAAACAACGAAACACCGCUACCACUUCAUUCCUAAAGGCUCAACUGCCUCACCUGGAGUCUCGGACUCUGAAUAGCUCUUUUGAAGACAGCUUUGAUUAUUACUUUUUGUAACAAAGCAAUAGAUUUUAUUUUUAUUUUUUUUAUCACUGUGCAAGAUUGAUCUGCACAGUUUGUGAAUCUGGCACAGCUCUUGAGUUGUUUGAUUGAAGACUUUUUGAGCAGUCAAAAUAUAUUUGAUUAGAAGGCUCAGAGGAAGACAAGAUAACAGAGACGUACUGCAAACUGACUGUUUAUAUUGCUGGGUAUGAUUAAUACGUUUCUGCUGAAAUAAUAGAGAAGUGGAAAGGAAAGCAACUGUGUUGCCAACACAAACAACUGAUCUGAGUCUGGAGCAGUUCUUACUUUGCCUGCUAUUCUCUAACUCUUUCUCUGAAAAGUUAACCUUCAAACAAAACCAGAGGGACCCUUAAUUCAAGGCAUUUUAAUUAUGUUGGAACUGCAGCAUAUAUUAGUACAUGCAGCCAUGAGUGGCAGCCUUGCAUUCAACGCUCUAGUAAUGCCAUAAUGGGGCGAAUGGCUGGACUGAAGUACUGAACAUAGCAAGGAAAUCCCCAUGUUUUUAUAAACAAGACAUAACUCUUUUACUCAUAGAAAAGUCAGGAGGGCCUGGAGCUUUCUGUUUGGCUGUCUACCAAAUUCCUCAAAUUAAAUUCUUUUAUUUCGACCCAUGCCUGCAUGUGGUGCAAGGAUGCCCCAUAACGCCGUCCACUGUUCUUGAGAAGGCGACCAAAGAGGAGGAGAAAGGGUAGGAAAUGACGGAGUGUUUGACAGAAUACAAAGCGCUGGUGACUCCGUCCACGCGCAAUGGUCACCGCGUCUUCAGCUACACGCUCGAGAGCCACACGUCAGCCGCCUUCGCCAUCAUGAACGAGCUGCGGCUGGAGCGGCAGCUGUGCGACGUCACGCUACGCGUGCGCUACAAGGACCUGGAGGCGGUGGACUUUGUGGCUCACAAGGUGGUGUUGGCCUCCUCGUCCCCGGUCUUCAGGGCCAUGUUCACCAACGGCCUGAAGGAGUGCGGUAUGGAGUUGGUGCCCAUCGAAGGAAUUCACCCCAAGGUAAUGGACAGACUGAUAGAGUUUGCCUACACAGCCAGCAUCUCUGUGGGUGAGAAGUGUGUCAUCCAUGUGAUGAAUGGUGCUGUCAUGUACCAGAUAGACAGCGUGGUCAAGGCCUGCUGUGAUUUCCUCGUCCAGCAGCUUGACCCCAGCAACGCUAUUGGCAUUGCCAGCUUUGCAGAGCAGAUCGGUUGCACAGAGCUCCACCAGAAGGCCAGAGAAUACAUCUACAUGAACUUCAGCCAGGUAGCAACCCAAGAGGAAUUCUUCAACUUGUCCCACUGCCAGCUGGUCAACCUGAUCAGCCGCGACGAGCUCAACGUGCGCUGUGAGUCCGAAGUCUUCCAGGCAUGCGUGGCCUGGGUGCGAUAUGACCGGGAGAACAGGCGACCGUACGUCCAAGCCUUACUCCAGGCUGUCCGCUGCCAUUCCCUCACCCCCAACUUCCUGCAGACCCAGCUUCAGUCUCUGGACUGGGACCCACAGUGUAAAGACUACCUGGCUCAGAUCUUCCAGGACCUCACCCUCCACAAACCCACCAAAGUGAUUUCUUGCAGAACUCCCAAGGUGCCGCAGCUCAUCUACACAGCAGGGGGUUAUUUCCGUCAGUCGCUCAGCUACCUGGAGGCUUACAACCCUUGCACGGGAACCUGGCUGAGGCUUGCCGACCUGCAGGUACCCCGAAGCGGCCUGGCCGCCUGUGUGAUCAGUGGGCUUUUCUAUGCUGUUGGUGGAAGAAACAACGCGCCUGAUGGUAACAUGGACUCAAACGCUUUAGACUGUUACAAUCCUAUGAACAACUGCUGGCUGCCGUGUGCACCCAUGAGCGUGCCCAGGAACCGAAUCGGAGUCGGGGUCAUCGAUGGCAUGGUAUAUGCAGUUGGUGGAUCACAUGGGUGCAUUCAUCAUAAUAGUGUGGAAAGGUAUGAUCCAGAACAGGAUCAGUGGCAGCUGGUAGCCCCGAUGUUAACACGACGUAUCGGUGUGGGUGUGGCGGUCAUCAACCGGCUGCUCUACGCUGUGGGGGGGUUCGACGGGGCCAACCGGCUCAGUUCCUGUGAGUGCUACAACCCUGAGAAGGAUGAGUGGAAGACCAUGGCUCCGAUGAACACGGUCCGCUCCGGAGCUGGUGUGUGUGCACUUGGCAAUCAGAUCUUUGUGAUGGGCGGAUACGACGGCACCAACCAGCUGAACACGGUGGAGCGCUAUGAUGUAGAAACCGAUACGUGGAGCUUUGCUGCCUCCAUGAGGCACAGACGCAGUGCUCUGGGAGUCACUGCGCUGCAUGGACGCAUCUAUGUGUUGGGAGGUUACGAUGGCAGCACUUUCCUCGACAGUGUGGAGUGUUACGACCCAGAGCAGGACACUUGGUCAGAGGUGACCCACAUGACUUCAGGCCGCAGCGGCGUGGGAGUGGCUGUCACCAUGGAGCCCUGCCAAAAGGAUUUAUUGCAGUGUCAGGCGUGUGACGGUGGAAGAACCAGUGGCAAGGCGGACCCUUCGGCAAAUGCACGCGAAGAUCUGAGCAGGACCCGAUCCACACACUGACACGCAUCUCAAAACUGACCUGUGAAAACUGGUCCUUUAAAUUGAGUAACGUUAUAAGAUCCAGACAGUCUAGCUUUGUGCUCCAACGCGGCAUUUAAAGCCCUCAGCUAGAUCAUCAUUUGUAAAGGGCUCCAUAAUAAAAAGGUCACUUUACUGGCCCAAUGAGUCAUCAGGGGCUCUUUAUUGCAUUUAAAGAGCAAACUAAAUCUGAUAGGUGAAGGAAAUACUUCAAGCGAUCGAUUAUGUAAACAAAACGUAGCGUGUGUGUGGGGGGGGGGGGGGCGCAAUCAAAGUGCCAUUACAAUGCCUGUGGGCAUUAUCACUAUGUCGGUAUAUUCUCCUGAGGUGCUUGUGUGGGAAGGCACAGGCUGAGUCACUGUGUGGAAAUUAGUGUUAACCCAGAGAGCCACAAGAUGAAGAUCGUACAGUGGGCCUCAUGCAAGAGCUUGUUUGACGUGCUUAUACAGACCAUCUUAAUUCAGUCGAAUAGUUCUUUACAAAAUCACAAUCUGCACAUUAAAAAAGAAUACAUAAAUAAAUAAAGAAGAAGAAUUUAAGCUCCUGAUGUUGGAUAUAUCCAGUACUAGCAGUCCAAAACAACCUGUGUAGUAACAGGUUUUUGAUAUAGCACAGGAACCAUUAUUUCCCUCCUGUUUAUUGUAUAUGUAGACAGUUAUUUGCUGUUAUUUUUAGUAGUAAUGUACUUGUUUAAACUCACCAUCUGUUUAGAACUCAUUUUUUUGCAAAUAAUCUAUUUUUAUUUAAAGUGGACAUCCUGUAUGACGCCUGUGAAGGCACGCGGAAGAUAUUUAAAUCGGUUGUUGUUGAUCUAAGCUGAAGACAGAUUCUGCAGCUCCAGAGCUCUUAUCCCACCUUAAAUAUUUUCAAGAACAUUUUGGAUUACUGGAUCACACACAAGAAUAUACCUGUGAUAUAAAAGAGGGUUUUCAAGCAAGCUGGCAAGGUGGUUCCAGUUUUAAAUCCAAGAACAAACGUCCUGUGCGAGGCAUUUGGUGUUGGUGUGAUCCCUCGCCUGCAACACCAACCAUGACGUGUGCUGUUAGAUUCCAAGAAGAAAUACUUUAGCCUUUCUUACAUGACUACCUGAUGCUCGGCUGCAGGUUUAUUUUGGUAGGCACAGCUAAAACUAGCAGUCCUGCAGUAAAUCCAGCUUUCACAGUGGGUUUCUACUGUUUUGUUGCCUUUUAGUGAUCUUACUGGGGCAAAAUAAUAAACGCCUGUCACUUUGGUGCAUAACACUUCCACAGAAUCACCUCCUUUUUAUGGAACCACUUAAUCAGAAAUUACAACCUUCAUGAAGGUAGGAUUUAUUGCAGGAUGUCAUAUUAUAGAGCAUUACAUCUAGUUAAGUGUGUAUAAUCAUAAACUGGCAGCUGAGUUUCUGUUCCUUCAACUGCAGUCAUUAUGCAGCUGUACGGGUGUGGGGGAAAAUGUGCAUGCACCUGCCAAAUUGUAUAAAUUGUCAUCUCAGAUUUUGGUAGAAAAGAUCUGCUUUAAGCAAGUGGUUCUUCCAUGAGGCCCACUGUCAAAAAUUCAAGUGUUGAUACAAGAGUCUGCAUAGUAACAAAUGUGUUCUUUAACUGAUUGCAUAAAAUGUGAAACUUUAGUAAAAUACUGAGCGAUGCUUCUUCUCGGGCUCCACGAUUGUCGUCCAGUGGGAUCGGUGUGCAAAGCGCCAA